AGUCAAAGUCGAAAUACUGGUAACAAAGAAUACAUAUAAGAGAAGUAAAAAAUCUAGCCGCAAAGAGGAAAACAGAGAGAAUUUGGAUCAUACAUACUCCGUUUCUUUUGAGUUCUUCCUCUGGAUCGUAGUCGGACGAAGAAUCGCUGGAUGUGUCUUCUUCCUCUUUUUCUUCGACCUGAAGCUUCUUACCCUUCGAAUCAGAGUGCUCUCAGAUACACAAGUAAUCGCGGGAGACAUUAUACCCUAAAUGUUCUAUCCUUUUUAUCUCCAAUUUUCAAAACCACGCAUUAUACAGUACAUUGAAUUCAGAACCGGCUCAUGAACCGGUUUAUGAGAACCAAAGUCAGAGCGAUGUGGGACAGAAACAACCGGGAUUUCAUUAUUUCCUUAAUUAAUUAAUUAAAUUUAUAUUCAAAUUUUGAUAAUUUUUCGCCAUCCGCCAAUAUUUUCGAAUUUCAAAAACUCUCGGAGGUUCGUCGAUGGCGACGGCGGGAUCAAGCUACAGUGUCUCAACAGAUCAUCAAGUUCCGUCAUCUCUCGUGAAUCUAGGAAAUGGUGCUGGUGUUUGUAUAAUGAGCAAUGCAUGGAAAGAUGAACAAGAACCUUCACUUAUCAGUUUCAUUUCUGCCUUUCUUACCGCAAACUCUUUCCGGCUAAACUUUGUCUCAAUCCCCCCGGAUCUGAUCUUCAAUUGUGGAGGUGUUUCUAUUGCUUUUGUUUUUGUUACUAAAUGGGAUUGUUCCACUGUUGCUUCCAUCUUCAGCAGAGUAAAGAGGCUGAAAGGGCAAUUUGCGCAACUUUAUGUUGUUGUCACACUUUCAACUAAAGCGCAGAGUGAUUCUUUCAUGCGAUCUUACUUCCAAUAUGAGAUGGAGUUUGGGAAACCUGCGUUUGUACAAGUCAUUGAUGCUGAGAUGGGAUUUGAGAAGAUUGUUAAGAUUGCUCACUCUCGUGGAGUGUGCAAGCAACAGAAGGUGGCAUCUAAGCUCAAGGUUGAGAGAAAGCGAACUGUGCAGGAUACAAACAUCUUCAUCAGAUUUGUCACAUCCAUACCCAACAUUAACAAACAUGAUGCAAACACGCUAUACCAAGCUAUUGGUUCAAUCGAAGCAAUCGCUAAAGCAUCCAAAGAAGACAUUUUAGCAAACACAGAUCUCUCUUCUGAAAAGGCUGAGACACUCACCAGGUUCUUCCAAGAUCCUGAGUUCUACCUCAGUCCCAAAUUCAACUGAUGACUGCAGAACAGUUUUUCUAAAGGUAACACUCAAAGACUUUUCCUAGUCCUUUGCUAUGGCUACAAUACAUACACCUAUAGGAGCCAGUACCGGGUAAGUAAAAUGACUCACUUCUUUACCUUUUUGCUAGCUCUGUCUGACUAUCAGUACUUUUCUUACAUUCCUUCCUUAAAGGGUUUUGACUUUAGAUGAUGUUUACUAUUUGAACUUAAUCAAUAAAGAUCUGUACCAAAAAA